AAAAAAGGCAGUUACCAGUGUGAACGCUGCUCUAAAGUUUUUAAUAUGCAACAGAGCUUAACCCGUCAUAAAUGGCAAUGUGAAGGCACUCGUGUUAUUGAAUGUAAUAUGUGUGGAAAAUCAUUUCAUCGGCCAGAUCGAUUAAAGGCCCAUCAAAUGUCCCAACACAGUUUUAUUAGAGAAAGUGAUCCAACACUUUCAUAA